AUCAAAACCCCCAGAAGAAGAAAUAGAAGAAGGGAGCUGCGCAUGCUCCACAAAUUCUUUCUGACGUGAAGGAAGGAGAAGAAGAUGAGGACUGUUUGGUUGCUUGCUGUGGUGGCUCUGGUGGGGCUGGCGACAGGGGAGGAGGGUGCUCGGCUGCUGGCCUCCAAGUCCCUGCUGAACCGCUAUGCAGUGGAGGGCAGGGACCUCACCCUCCAGUACAACAUCUACAACGUUGGCACCAGUGCUGCCUUGGAGGUUGAGCUGUCUGAUGACUCCUUCCCUCCUGAGGACUUUGGAAUCGUCUCCGGAAUGCUCAAUGUGAAAUGGGACCGCAUCGCGCCUGCCAGCAAUGUGUCUCACACUGUGGUCCUGCGUCCUCUGAAGGCUGGCUACUUCAACUUCACAUCCGCUACAGUCAGCUACCUCGCCCAGGAGGGAGGACAGGUCGUGGUGGGCUACACCAGUGCUCCAGGACAGGGCGGUAUCCUCGCCCAGAGAGAGUUCGACCGCCGCUUCUCCCCUCACUAUCUGGACUGGGCUGCAUUUGGCGUGAUGACCCUGCCCUCCAUCGGCAUCCCCCUGCUCCUCUGGUACUCCAGCAAGAGGAAGUACGACUCGCCCAAGUCCAAGAAGAACUAAAAUUACAACCACACAUUCACAUUUCGCAGACCACAGGGGUGGGGAAACUUCUUAAUGUGGGGGAUGGAGGUUGAGGGGUGGGGGCAUUUGGGUUUUUGAUUUCUGGUUUGUCUCAGGAAGAUGGUUUUGAGAGGGUUUUUGUUUUUCUUUUUUUCUCACUUAAUUUAAUUACCCAUAUUGGGGGUAAAACUGUUAUAAAGAUCAUGUAAUUGUUAUGGAUGCUGGAAGGAUGGCCUUCCUCCCCACCACCCUACUGUACCACCCGAUUUGGUUUGUCUGGUAGUUUUUGCAAUGGGGUGAACUGGCUAAAGCCAGGUGGGAUGCCACUGGAGGACUGUAGAUCAAGCAUGCCCAUGCCUAGUCAGGGCACGCACCACUCUGAAACAUGCACCGUGUUCGAGAUGGGAGUGAAAAACGAUCGAGGCCAAGGAAAUCAAUACAGUGCACAUGUGCACUGAAGCAUUACUAUGCAUUCUGCUUAGAAAUCUGGCAUGUGUGCUGAAUCAAUUUCCUCUGUGUUGAUGGUUUUUGCGCCAUCAUGGACGCAGCAAUUCUCAUCUAUCUGUCAACAUGCCCGAGGAGGUUGCAGUAAGGACUGAACACAGGCAGGGGAACUGUGUGGACCACUCUGUCGGGUCAACAUUGUAUUGAUUUUUUUCCAGGAAAUAAACAAGUGAGUUUUCCUAAUAAAA